AUGGCGUUCAACUGUUCCACCGUCCCCGAGACGACAAAUACCGACGCGGGAGUAGCAGGCGCAGGCACCCUCCUCUCCUUCAUAAUAACCAACAUCCUCUCCAUCCUUCUAUCCGCUACCAUCAUCCUGCUCGGCCUGCGAAAAUCCACCUCAGCUCCCAUCUCGCGAAAGCUCCUCCAAUCCUUCUCCGACCAACAGAUUCUAACGGGUAUCGGCAUCCAAUCGGUUGGGCUAGCAAAGAUGAAAACGAUGGUGCCAUACCACUUCUUUAUCAUCUGGCUCCUCUCUUUGCUAUCUACCGCCACAAAUCUCGCUACGUUACUCGCGCUCGUGAACGAUUUCAAGAGGGACUGGGUGCUGCGGUGGAUUAGACAGAUACUCAUGUUAGUGAACAUGUUCCUGGGCAUUUUGAGCGGGGUGUUCAUUCUGCAGACGGUCAUGAAAGAUAUGGAGCCCAGACUACCCAUUGCAUGUGUCUGGGAGGUGGAAAGCAAAGGAACAAGCGGAAAUGCAGCGCUUUCCAUUGCAGGCACCAUCGCCGUAAUCGCAGGCCAAGUCAUUACCUUCGGCUUCGCAACAUGGUACCUCCACAACCGAUCGAAUCCCAAAUGGCUCAAGACCGUCCAAGUCGUCGGUCUCUUCGCUUGUCUCGCCAUGGGCGUCGGCGCUACCGUGCGCGUGGUUCUGGAAUCCCAGGCUUUCGGCCAUCCACCUGAGUCUGUUCAUCUCGUUGGACCGAGUGAAGGGAAUUGGAGCUUCGGUCAAUUGUUACCGUUGCUGUUGUUGGCGCUGCCGGUUAUUAGCACGAUUGAGAUCGCUAGGGGCGAGGAGCUCAAGCCGAGGAGUCGGGUGGAUGAUGAUAGUGUGCCGCUGUUUGCGGGCGGGAAUGAUAUGGAGUUUCAGCCUAAUCAGCUGGCGGGGAGUGCGACGAGUUUGUUUAGGAAGUAG